GUCUGCAGUUUCGUGUGAGACAGGAGUAGGCUGCGGCACAGGAACUAGCUCUGCACAAGUUGGUUCCAGAUCCUUAGACAGGAACCAUGUUUCUAGGCUUACUGCGAUGCCCAGUCGCGCCUUGCAGUGCAGCGUUGAGGAGCAGCAUCAAAACAGCAGGCGCAGCAGAAGUAGUCAGGGUAGUGGGAGCGGGAAACAUCAGAUGUAAAGCCACGGUGGCAGCAAAAGCGCUUCCUGCUGAGCCGCUCCAAGUCAAUGAAAUUCCCGGCCCGAGGCGAUGGCCUGUGGUGGCGUGUAUGCCAUACAUCCUCACCCACAAAGAGUAUGAGAAAACCCGUAUGCACAAGUUGUGGGAUGUUUGCGUGCGUGAGUUCGGUCCCAUAUUCAGGCUGGAUAUGCCGGGACAAGCACCCACUGUGUUCAUCUCUGAGCCUGAUGACAUCGAGCAUGUGUUGAAAAGUACAGCCAAGAAUCAACAGAGGGACCUGUUCAGUUCUUUGAAAUACGUUAGAGAUACACAUGAGUUCUUUAAGAAGGACAAAUCUGGGAUUAUGUCUGAGCAGGGGGACGAAUGGUGGCGGGUGCGCAGGCGCGUCCAGCCGUACACAGCCAAACCGAAGAACGUGGAACUGUACCUUCCGCAAAUGGACCAAGUGAUUCUGGACUUCACUGAGAGCUGGGCAUCUUUAAGAAACGAAAUUAACGAGCUGCCCGACGACUUCGAUCAGGAGCUAUACUGCUGGGCGCUCGAAACCCUGGGCCUGGUGGUGUUCAACAAGCGGCUCGGGUACCUGGAAGGAAACACCGAAGUGAAGACGAUCGUCGAGAUGGCCAGGGCGAUCUUCUCGUAUGUCCAGGACCUGGAGGUGUCCUCGCCGCAGUGGUGGAGGCUGGUGACCACGCCGAAGUUACGGGAUCUGAGGAAGACCCAUGACACUCUGCUAUGCUUUGUGCAAUCGUCCGUGGCGGAGGUGGAGGCGGAACUCGACGCCCGCGGACCUGAGGCCGAGGUAGACGGGCUCACGCUCGUGGAAAUGCUGCUCCUCGACCCCGAGUUGUCCCGCGAGGAUGCCCAUGCCUACCUCAUGGACCUGCUCACCGCCGGGAUCGAUGCGGUGGCGACAAAAGCGGCUUUCGUGCUGACGAUUCUAGCUCAGCAUCCAGAGAAACAGCAGAAAGUCCAUGAGGAACUGGACGCGGUGCUCGGGGACGGGAGGCAGCCCCUGACUCCUCAGCACAUCGCCAAACUCAGGUACACAAAGGCCUGCGUGAAGGAGGUGCUCAGGAUUUCUUCACCUGCACCACUAACUUCCAGACAACUUGUGGAAGAUACAGUUAUAUGUGGUUAUCUCGUACCAAAGGGGUUCAACGUGACUCUGUUGCUGCGUCCGGCCGGCAUGAAGGAGCAGUACUUCGCCCGUGCCGCGGAGUUCGUGCCCGAGCGGUGGCUGCGCGGUCAGCCUCUAGGGCCCAUCAAUCCCUACUCCUCUAUGCCCUUCAGCCUCGGCGUCCGAAGCUGCGUCGGUCGCAGGUUCGCUGAGCAGCAGACCUACACGCUUCUUGCCAGGUUGCUGCACAAGUACCGAGUAGAGUGGCAUUACGGUCCGCUCAACCCCAUUAUGGUCUUUACCCUCAUCCCAGACAAACCUCUGCGACUGAAGAUGAUCGAGCGCAAAGUCUAAAUAAUUCUAAGGAAAAUAAUAAGCCUACUUAGAACCGUUCAGAAGGCAUAGAUGGUGUGUGAAGAAAGUAGAUGCGGAGAUGAAGGAAUAAAUGUUUGUUCUUUUCUUAGUUUAAUUUCGUCUUACACAGUUUAACAGGACGUUAAAACUAUUACCGGAAUCGUUUUGUUGAUGUGUAUGUUUUUUGUCAUUUAUGUCUAUCGCUUGUCUUAUUUCUUCAUUUUCUUAUAAAUAAAUUAUACAAGGUCAUACAGUGGUCACAUGAU